CUAGCGCAGCCUCGUCAUCCCAGCCUCGUGUAGGGUACGGAUCCCUUUUUCACCAUCUUCCCAUCAAGGCGAGUUACAUGCUCAGUGCAAAUGAAGAGUCCCAAUAUCAUACGAUGGCUUGCAUUCCGGUCCAGAGGCGAGACGAUGUCCCUCGCGGCUCGUAACGUCGAGUUGCGAGAUAGGAAACUCGAAGAUGAAGUCCUCCCCUGUUUAUCUGAAUGAUGAGGAAGGAGUCCUCCAGCGACAGCCAUCGUGACAACCACCUGCACAGUCACUGCCAAACAGUUUGCGCUCUCUCAGGUAAGCUUGGCGAAGCUGCGGCAAUACUAGAAGGUUUGCCUGCGCAUUCAAGGUCGCAAGACUUCUCUGACCUCGUUCACUUGCCUAUCCCUACCAUCCUUUUUCACCCAUUCGUUAUUCAACAACACUAUCACCUCCUUCCUGUUACCCUUUCUUCUUUCAUUCGCGGCUCAGUAAGAGUGAUCGUUGAAGUCGACGCAAUGACUGUAGCUACAAUGGUUAUCAUGCUAUUGCUUCUCGCGCUGUCGUCUGCAGCUCCCACAAAGGUGGUGCUGGACAAGACAACCAGUCCCAGCGCAUUCGCACGCGUUUUCUUUGAGCAACUGUGUGAAGCUCAGUUCUGUCUCUUCGGCAAAGGCAAAGUGACCUUCAACUCCGGUACCUACUCCUGUGAUUGUCCUGACUGGAAUGAGCAUCCUAUGUUCACAAGCCCAUGUGCCGAUCUGUCAUGCCCUGUCGAUCAAGAGCCAUUCUACUCUUACAUCGAUGAUGCUUGCUACUGCAAGUCGUUCGAUGAAUGGUACAAGGUUCAAGAAGAGCUUGCCGAUGCCUACACUGCGCCUGACAUGGAGCGAGUUGUCGAUCUGAGACGUCGCCAGAUAACACCCACCGGUCCAGCAACAACCGUCGAUACUGCAGUUCCUACCUUCAUCCCUCCUCCUUCGCAGGACGUCACACCAGCACUGUUGAAUGAGUCCUUGACUGUUCAGCCGCAGAAUACGGCUACCAUCGGUUCGAUCGUCCCAUGGUUUGCAGACAAUCUACUCCAAGUCCACAUGCAACUGAACGGGCCUGUCGCAGACACUCUUGUGGUCAACGCUAGUGCCUCUUUUCCUUGCGGUAACGUUGGUUUUGACCCUGAGCCAAGCAUUGCGUUGGUGCCAAAAGUCGUCUAUCCAGGUCAAGGAGAGCCGCAGGUUAUCAUUGCCGACUGCCAGUGUAUUGCCGUUAACAUGUACACUCCAACCGUGAUCACAUAUUGGAUACAGAAGCUGGAUGGGACAGUCUACUCAUUGAGCGGAAGCAACAAAGUGAUGGACCUCAACAAGAUGAACACCAAUCAGAGCGUGGCCUUGACUCUGGUCGCUCUAUCAUCUGGUCCGAGCAAACGCGACGCAGAAGGUCUCUCCCACUAUGUGCAGCCAGAGCGGCGUCAGAUGUUCCGCGGCGAAUGCGAUCAACCUUGUCCGUUCUAUCAUAUGCGCAAAGUCACGAGCGGUGACGGCUUCUGUGCUUGCAUGUUCAAUGGUGCUGACGAAGAGCUGACCGUGACCGCACGAGAUAUGGCAGAACCCGAUUCCUUCACUGCAAAGAUGACCCCAGAAGCAUGCGCGGCCAUGACUUGUUUCGAGGGUGGUGAUCAUCCAGCAGUGUUCAACCCUUUCAGUCUCACUUGCUGGUGUGUCACUCCACCAUAUCUGGAAAAUAAUCCCAGUGCAUGGACUCCCUCUGCUUGAAGAGGCGAACUGUUGCGAACGAUAUGUUACGGUGCCAAAUUGACCACAACAACGACCGUGUACUACCCCAAGACAUAUCCAAUUGCAACAGGUAGAGAGUCUAGUCAAUGGACUGGACACGAGCUUGUGGAAAAGAAGCCGGAUUGGGCAACGUCAACAUGAGGGAGUUGGACACAGUUGUUCAUGUGGACAUCCGGACCUGCUACAUGCAGUGGCAGUAAUGAAGGGACAACAAGCCAAGGUGCAAUCAAUGGUCACUCUACCUAAUGCAAAACCAAUGUGAUUGUAACACGCAGUCCUAGGAAGAAGAUAAUUG